UCAAAGAAAAAAUUGUAAAAGCUUUUAAAGAUUUAAAACAGCAAUAAAACUGUAAAAAAAUACAUAGAAAAUGUCGUUUGCUGGACAAUCGAGUGCGCCUUGGCAACGCAAUGUAAUGCAAGGACAUCCUCAGGGUGGUGCCUUCCAUCAGGGUCCGCCGCAAAUGUUUAUGCAAGCGCCGCAACAAAAUAACAUGGCUGCCUUUGGCGGCGGCGGUAUGGCUUCUGGUGGCAAUAUGUUUCCGUCAGGUGGCGGUGGAUCAGUAUCAUAUCCGCAACCCAGAACCGGUUUAAAUCCGGUUGCAUUUCAACAAGGUACAGGUGGUGGAAGUGGUGGUGGCGGCGGGCAAGCACAGCAUUACAACUCCAUUGGCACAGUGACAAAAAUCAAUAAUGAAUGCGGCUUAGUCAAUGAUGAAGUAUUCUUCUAUCGCAACGUUUGCAAGGGCCCAGAACCAAAAUUAGGCGAUCGUGUAAUAUUUGAGGCUACUUAUUCAAAUACUGGGCAAUUUAAAUGGAACGCUACACGCAUACAACUAAUGCAACAUCAACCGCAGCCAUUGAUGGGUUCGGGUAAAGGCUACAAUUCCAUAUCGGCCAAUGAUUACCAACGUGGUGGUCCAUUGGGUAGACAUAAUUCACCGAAACGAGGCAUAUCACCGAUUCGUGGUGGCGCAGAUCGUCAUAGCCGACAUGAAAGGGAACGUCGCGAAAGAGAACGGGAUCGUCCUCGCCGUUCCAGGGAAAGAGAUGAGGAUGAACACGAACGCAAACGUCGUCGCGAAGAACGAAGUCGUGAACGUGUUGGUGCUCGCACCGGUAUUGAAGGUAGAAGCGCCGCAGCUGUUGCGACUGGACGUGGAGAAAGAGAACGUGAACGUCAUGACUCUACUAGGCGUGAACGUGAAGAGAGGGAAAGAGAAAAUGAACGUACACGUGAAAGAGAUCAUCAGCGUUUGGUAACUAAAGGAAGACGUAAUCGCCCUAUUCGUCGCUAUAUGGUGCAGAUACCCAAAUUUCAGUUGGCCUACAAAUCCGCCGAUGUACAGAAAUUGCGUCAGCGCUAUUCAACUUUGUACAUACCGUCAGAUUUUUUCCACGCUAACAUUAAAUGGCCGCAAACAUUUGCCCUUGAUAAUCCUUUUUCAAUGCGGCGUCCAUGCCAAUUUCAUAUAAUGCACAAACUUGUUGAAACGCCGUUUGAGCAAAAAUCGGAACUUUUAGAACCGAGCGAUGCGAACUAUUUAUACUCAGCUAAAGUGAUGUUAUUGUCUUUGCCAACUAUUGCCGAAUUGUAUGAAAAGUGCUUUGAAAAAGAUGAUGAUGAUGUCGAUCAUCACGCUGUGCAUCCAUCUCGUUUAAUCAGCUUUUUAGUUGGUGUUCGAGGUCGCAAUGAGCCAAUGGCAAUUGGGGGACCUUGGAGUCCAUCUCUCGAUGGUGAAAAUCCUGAUAAAGAUCCGGCUGUAUUAAUACGGACAGCUAUACGUACUUGUAAGGCGCUAACUGGCGUUGAUUUAUCCAAUUGCACACAAUGGUAUCGCUUUUUGGAACUUUAUUAUCAUCGCACCGAGUAUAAGAAUAUGGAGAAAGAUGGUCCUCCACGUGUUGAGACAGUUGUUAUUUUUCUGCCCGACGUUCACUCGUGCAUGCCCAGCAUCAGCGAUUGGCAAAAUCUUACACAAACCUAUAAGGCUGCUGUGGAGAAUGCAAUUGCUCGUCGCACCGCUGCCGCUAAUAAAGCCAUUACUGCCGCAACGUCAGAGGAGGAUUCGAAAUCUAUGGCUGCUGGUGAAAAAUCAACGUUGGCUGAAAAGGUUGCUGAGGGUGAUGAUGGUAAUGAAAGUGCAACCAUUUCAGUCGCUAAUCAAGAAGAAGAAAUAACAUCUGCAACAGAAUUUACCAUGGAUGAGGCUGAUUCUAACAAUGACGAGGCUGCUGCUGCUAUCUCCUCGGACACCGGUGCUGCUACGGAGGCGGUUGAAGAAAAUGAAGAGCCAGCUCCCGAACCUACACAUUAUACGUUAUUGGAUUUAAAAAGCAUGAAAGUUCAGGAGAUACGUGACGAGCUAUUGGCGCGUAAUUUAUCAGAUAAGGGUGUGCGGAAUGUUGUAAUGGCCCGUUUGGCUAAAGCAUUAAAUAACGAAAAAGCCGAAGAACUCAAAGCUAAAAAGCAGAGUAAACAAAUAUAUAAAAAUGCGGAAUCUAAAGAUAUUAAACCAAAAAAAGAAAAAGACGACGAAUGUGAGAAUGAUGAUAAAAUGGAAGUCGAUACGACUAACAAUGCCGGCGAAGUAAAAGCGAAGGAAGAAGGUAACAAAACCAAGUCAAAUGAGAAGGAAAAAGUCAAAAAAACGAAAGAGCCAGCAAAAGUUAAAAAGGAGAAAAAUAGCACUAACGGUGAAAAUCAAAAUAAUGAAAAAGAUAACAACGAGGAACAAGAAGAAUGGGCUGACAUGGAUUUUGAAAUGAGCGAUAUUGUCAUACUCGAUGAAUAUGAUGCUAGCAAAAAUCCUGAGGAUGCGUCCCCGAAGGAAAUGGACGAAAAAGAAAAGGCUCAAUUAACUAGACGCUACACUCUACCAAAUAGUCCUCAUAUCAUAGUACAUCCCAAUAAAAAUGCCAAAGGGGGAAAAUUUGAUUGUGCCGUCAUGUCAUUGUCAGUUUUAUUGGAUUAUCAUCCCGAAGAUACGAAGGAAAGAUUCUUUGAGGUUUCUUUGUUUGCCGAACUGUUCAAUGAGAUGUUAAUGCGCGACUUUGGUUUUAAUAUUUAUAAAGAAAUAUAUCUUUUCAAAGAAACUCAUAAUGAAUUGAAUACUGAAAAAUCGCAGGAGGAGAAAAUGGAAACUGAAAUUAAUACGGACGAUAAAGUUAAGGAAGAAAAAAUAAAGGAAUCGAUUAAAGAUGGCGGCGGUGCUGGUGACCAAGUGAAAACAAAUAACGUGACAAGCGGAGGGAAAAACAGCAUUAAAGAAGAGAAAUCUAGUAAAGAUCGUGAGGAAGAUACGCAAUCGAUGAAAUCCGAGUCACGUAAAAGAAAAUUAAGCGUUAGCACAUCAACAAAUGGUAAAGAGAAGGAAUUGCCAAAGGAGGAAAAGAAAGUUGUUGUCGUAAAGCCUCAGUUAUUAUUGUCAUUUAUCUAUUUCGAUACAACUCAUUGCGGUUACAUAUUCGAAACUGAUUUAGAGGAUCUUUUCGCCAUAUUGGGCUUGAAUCUGUCCCGAUCGCAAAUUAAAAAAGUUUUAGGCAAAUUGGCCACACGCCAAGCAAUUUAUUAUCGAAAACUUACCGAUAAAGAGGAAACGUUAGACACAGUACCAACGAUUGAAGAUAAUGACGAUUUACCGGAAGAAGAAUUGCAACGUAUAGCUGCAGGAAAUUGGUUUUAUGAACAUAUAUUUACCCAAUCCGAUCAGUACGUUGAAGAAGAUGAAGAACUCGAACAUGAUAUCGAAGAGGAUAGAGAUGGACUGAUUAAUUAUCAUGGUGCUGUCAUACAUGUGGGUAAAUUGGUCGAUCAAAUUAAACGCACUGAAAAAAAUUACUCGGAUUUAGAGAAACUACACAACGAUUUAUUGAAGCAGCAUAACGAUCUACAGAAGGAUCAUCACAAGUCGAACGGUAAAGUCAAGGACUUGCAAUCGGAAGUUAAAAGUCUUACACGUAAAUUAAAUGAAACAAAUCAAGAUUUAAAUGCAGUAAAUCGCAAAUUCCGUGACCAAAAUGCCACAUUAUCGUAUAUAUAUAAUCGUGUAACACCCUAUUUCGUUAGGGAAAAGGAACAAAAACCAGAAAACUCAAAGGACAAAGAUACUGAUAAGGAUAAGGAUAAAGAAAAAGAUAAUAAGGAUAAAGACAAAGAAAAGUCAAAAGAAAAAGAGAAGGAGAAAGAGAAGGAAAAGGAAAAGGAUAAGGAAACCGAGAACAAUAAAGAAAAGGAUAAGGAAAAAAAUAAAGAGAAAGAAAAAUCGAAAGAUGACAAAGAUAAAGACAAAAUUGUAAAGGAGAAAGAAACUUCAUUUGUUCCCGUUGCGGCGGCCGCGAAAGGCGCGGAGAAAGUCGCGAAGAAAACUGCCGAUGCAAAGACACCAAACGGUUCGAAAAAGGAUAACAUUACCGUCUCUGCUGCGGCCACAGCAACAAAAUCUAAAGAUUCCAAGUAGACUUGACGAAUAUUUGCAUAAAUUUUAUAAAGGAAAUGUUAAACAAAAAAGGGGCAAGCUAUUGCACCAUUCAUAUACAUAUAC